AUGAGGGGUGAACUAGAAGAAGGAGGAGCCUUUAAGCGUCGCUCGCUCAUCAAUAUAUUCGAGGCCGCAGAAUUGAGGAAAGAGCUAGCAAGGAAGCGAAAGGCAUACGAGGACCCUUUUCGAGAUGAACCCCGUGUCAUUAGCAUACCUUCUAGAGCCACCCAUUCCACCAUACAACUUGACAGGGAUUUCCGCAAAACCAACCGACAGGGCCGAGAUGGACACGAAGCUCCCACAGAAGUUGCCAUGGAAGAAAUCAUGAUGGAAGAGCACGUCUAUUACGCAUCUUCAAGGAGCAAGAGCCGAAAGGGCAAAGGAGGAAAGGGAAAGAGCAAGAGUGCUUCCAAAUCGCGCAAAUCCAAAGGCAAGGGCAAAGGACGGUCACCGGUAGCAAGUACUAGUAGAUCCAAGGGAAUGAUGGCCAUGUCCGUCAUUGUUUACACCCCAUCUCCAACGUAUGUACCAACACCCCAAGUCACUAUUCCAGAGACAGAUGCACCCACGGUUACCCCAGUCAUUACAGACAAGCCAACCUGCGCACCCACAAACGGAUUCUUCCCACCAGAUGUCAGUGGUUUCUUCGGGCAGCCCUCAGGAGAUGGCAGCGACCUCCAAAGCGAACUAGACAAUGCACUAAACGAAAUCCAAGUUCCGAGCGAAUUUGUCGAACAGUGUGUCGAGUGA